AUGCCAAAUUCGACCGGCAUCUCGUGGCAUCCCACCAGCGACACCCAAUCUACCUGUGACGCGUCGACCUUUGCCGAGUCCCCGAAUAUUGACCCCGCGAACUGGAGAGAAUGUGCUAGUCUGUACAGCUCUUGGACAUCCGAGAAUGGCACAUUUAAUCUGAGCAAUGUCAACGGAACCGGAUUCACGCCCAUCUUGCAGACCACGGAUUGCACUCUCGGGGUCAAACCUGCUGAUCCAUCAAAGGGACCCUUCACGAUUGGGGACAAGGACAUCAAAACGCUCCUGGGUACUAGCCUCCGACAAUUUUCCGAGGGGACCGAGCUGAGAGUCACGGGCGUUGUCAAAUGUGCCGCCGCGAGCGGGGCCAAGGGCGACGUCAUCUGGCGAAUAUCGAAGUCAUAG